CUAACUACCAAGAAGUGAACAAGUGAAGCAUUGUUUCAGUUUGUUUAGUUACUAGCUAUUCAAGCCAGUGAGUAGCCAUCUUGCAUUGGAUUUUGACACCACUAGCAUUUUACUCGGAUUAUACUGUAUUCAUAUUCGUUCGUUAUUUGUUAUUCGUGUCACUGUUCAUAGUUUUUUUUAAUUUUUUUUAUCUUAAACGAUAUAAUCCUCAUCUUUUCACAAACAAGAUCAGUUACUGAGAGACGGUUACUGAGAUAAGGAAAAUUAGCUGUUGAAGAAUCUGAUAUGCAAACAGACGGGGGAACUGGUACUAAAGAAAACAAAAGAAAAGGAAUACCCAAUAAGGUUUUUAUGUCCAGUGAAGAUGAAAUUGUACCAAACAAAAAAUUGAAAUUAACAUCUAAGAAGUCUGUAGUACGAAAACUACUUGUAACAGAAAGCUCAAGUGAUGAGGAUAGGCCUAGCUCUUCAAACUUUGCAACUUUGAGUGACAAUGAAAUCCAUUCUUCGAUGGUCAAAAAUAUGUUCGAUGCCUUGUUAAAACCAUUUAAAGAUGUAGAGGUUUCCAGCUCCAGCAGUUCUAAAUCAAGUAGGCCUAGUACUGAUUUGAAUGCUACUGAACUGCCUGCAGCAACUUUUUCAUUAGAUCAGCCGUCAACGUCUCAUGGAAAUGGAAUCCUGCCUUCGACAUGUUCCAAUUGCAAUAUUGAUACAAUAGCAUGGCUUCUCAUCCAGCUCAAUGAUCGUAUGACCAACGUUGAAAAUAUUCAACGAGAAAUAUUAGAGAGAUUGACCCAAGCUCACUUAAAGAACACGCAUCCUUUGGCGCCAAUUGAUAUCACACUGCCUUGCGGUACUGUACAGGAGGUUGAGGAUUUGGAUACUUGGCUAGCGAAUGAAGACAAUGUUUUAACUUUGACAAAGCAUCUUAGUCUUGUUGGAGGGAAAAAGCCGGCCAACGUGACCAGGCGGAUCCUUGAAAGACUCUUCACCAAUCAAGUUGCUGCACAGUACAACUGGACAGGGAAAAACCAAAAGCUCUCCUUGAAAGACCUGGUCAUUAUGAAACUGUUACCAGGUUUUGUCAGGAAGAACAUAGGAAUGGAAGCAGUUUCCGAUGACGAAGUAUAUUCUACUUCAAGCCAGUGGUUUCGCUUCACAAAAGAUAGAGAAGGAGGACGAGAGAAAAGAAGAUCAAAUGCUAGGCCUAGCUUAGUAUGAAAUGCAGCUAAAACCCUCAAUACAAUUUAUUUUUAGCUAUUGUUAUUACUUCUUAUAUUGUUAUUAAUUCUUCUAGUGUUAAAAUAUGGAUCAGGAAGUGUCAGUAAGUCAUGUGAGUAG